AUGAGAGUUAUGCACAGGCAAUAUUUAGCCAUUCUUUUCAACACGUACAAGCAAGAGAUAGACGAUGAGGCGAUGAAUCUGGAGAGAUUGCAAGAAAUCGACGGAAGCAUACGAUUUGCAGAAGCCGAGGGGGUGGACAUCCCGAUUGUCACGGCUUCAGAUGGUGAUGAAACAAAAGUUUUGAAGGCGUCCAAAUCUCGGCGAUUCUUCUCACAGGUCAAUGCCACGCUACCCUUCGGUAGAGCUGCGUUGCGGGCGGCGCAACCGGUGUUUAAAAGCUGCAUGGCUGUGCAAGUUCGUCUAUGGAAUUCACGGGAUUUGUUCGCGAACGGGAUAAAAGAGGAUGCCGUCGCGGAAAUCUGGAGCGAACAAGUAAGAAUUAUCAAUUGGCUCUCCCUGGCCAUAAUCUUAGGGGUUGCCGUUUUCAUUCUAGGCCUGCUUCGGCUUCUUCUAAAACCAGUAGCGACGGCGGAGAUUGCGGCGUUGUUUGUGAGGGACGCGGUCGGGGCACAGUUGGACCGACCUGGAGCGCAGACCGGGGGGAAUGAGAGAUCCCGGUUCCUACCGCACCGUCGGCCACGGAGCGGUAUGCAGGUUACGGGGAUGGAGCCCAGUCAAGAUAGAAUCACAGGCGACUCGUUUUCAGUUCCGAUGAGCAGCUAUUCUAGUGUGCCGGUCGAUAUGGGUGAGGUCCACAGGAUGGACGGGGCCGGGUUGCGCGGGACGAGUGGAGACUAUAUUUUUCGCAGCGCCGGUAUCUCGCAUCAUAGGCGGAUGGCGCAGAGCUCGGCGGAUACUUCCAUGGAGAUGGACGGACUUAAUGGUGGGGUCAGCGGUAAUCAUCGCUGA